AUGGAUUCCGACAGCUUGAGUUCGGCUCCUCAUUCGCCUUCGCCUGAUCAUCCUCAUUCACCUCCUGAACACAGCACUCCUAGUGGUGGUGGAGUGAACACUAGCACAUCCACCCCUGCAUCGGCAGCGUCCAAACUCACAGCGUCCGGUGUUCCUCGCAAGAAGCCCGGGCCAAAGCCUAAAACAAAAGAUGUAAUUGUACCUGAACCAGAGAAGAAACCCAGAAAGGCUCGCAAACCUGCUGAACCAAAAGACCCUGGUGUUGUAGCUGCGCCGCGUAAGAGAAGGACAAAGGCAUCUCUGGAAGCACAGGCUUCACCCGCACCACAGGUUGUAGACGAGAAACCGCCCGUGCAGCAAUCGCCUGCACCGCAAACAAAACAAGUUGAGCCGGUUCCGGCAGUGCAACCUGAACAAAUACCUGUUGUUGUGCAGCCUCCACGCAUGGUGAGCAACGAACCUACACUUCACAGCAACCCCAAUCUGUCUCACAUCAAUGUCGCGCCCUCGACGCCGCGACCGUUGAGCUCUGGACAACGCUAUGACCCUAUUCGAGGUGACAUGUUCGAGCAAAAGCCUCCAGCUCCAGCCAGUGCACCACAACCACUACCACCGCCGCCCAUAUCACCACCACUGAAUCGCGCAAGUGCAUCUCCGUCCAUCACGAGUCUAAUUGACCCGCCUUCCGCUAGCAACUCUUUUUACUCGCAGGCUCCAAAGCUUCAGCAACAGAUCUCUGUCACGUCCGCGCCUGCCUCGCCUGCCGCCUUCCCACCACGGCCUGGACCGGUCCUUCCUUCCCAGGAUAUUUACUCUCAGCAAAAGCAGCAACCGCAGCCAUCACCACAACCCUACCCCGCUACACCAGCAGGAUACACUCCGAUGGAAAUUGACUCCCACCCCAACAAGCCUGCAUCAAUCCCAAUGACCAAGGUCAAUUCCGCGAACUCGGGUACACCCUCAAAUUCGAACGCCCCGACGCCCCCUACCAAAGCUGCGCGUCAAAAAGAAACCCCGCUACCUCUACCGUCGGGCAGUGGUCUUCUGUCAGGAACAGCAUUCGGGUCCGUCGCAAACCUCAAUGGCACGUCUGAAACGCCAGGCACCAACAUAUAUCUCACCUUUGAUCUGAAAGGCAAGGAAAACGUCACCAUCAACUUUGCCCGGGAGGUCGAGAAGGAGUAUGGUUUUGCGGCUCUCCAUCCCCGCAUCGCCGCUCGCCGUGAACGCCAGCGCCAAAUCGAUGCUGCUAGCACCGCUCUUGAGCGGGCUGCAGGCGGUGGGUCUAACGACGACAUGUCUGUCGACCUUUCGGACAAUGAGAGCAAUGUCGAGAUGGGAGGCAUGGACGAUGAGACCUCCGCCCGGGAGAACGGCGGCAAGAAGCGACGCAAGAGGAAGCAGGAGGAGUACGACAAGGAAGACGACUUCAUCGACGACACGGAACUAGCCUGGGAGCAACAAGCGCUCAUGGCCAAGGACGGGUUUUUUGUCUACAGCGGCCCUCUCGUCACCGAGGAUAAGCCUGCUGUUGAGAGGGCUGACGGAACCGUUCGUCGUGGUCGAGGACGAGGACGUGGCGGCACAACACGAGGAGAUGCUGCAGGCAGAGGCCGUGGGCGAGGUGGUGGUCCUGGCUCUCGUGGUGGUUCCACUGUUCGCAAACCUCGUGUGACCAAAGCUGAUCGUGCGAUGAUGGAGCAGGAAAAGCAGGCUCGCGAAAGCCAGGCAGCAAUGAUCUCAACCAAACCGCCCGUGGCCCUCCACACUGGCCAGAAUGGUGCAGCGUAG